AUGUGGUUCAAACUUAAUUCUAAUUACCUUGCAUAUUUUGCAUUAUUGCAGACCGGCAAUCGUACCGUGUUGUUGUGGUACACGAAGGACUUCACGUCGAAGGAUCGCAAAUCUCUGCGCGUCAACAUAGAAUUCGAUCACGCGACUUUGAUACGCUGGUCCCCGGACGGAAAGGCAUUCAUUAUUCACAAAGCCGUGGCCAAUACCAUCGAGGUGUACAAGAUCGCGAAGAAACCGGACGGUCACUUGGCCUCUGCGACCAAGGCACUGGAGUUUCCACGGCGUCACACCGAGGAUGUCGUCGGAAUGGAUAUCGCGUGCACCGGGAAGUACAUCAUCACGUGCAGUAAAGUGAACGAUCUUAUUAUAUGGGACUUGAAGGGACAGACGCUGGCGACAGUGGAGAUGCAUCUAGGGUCUACCUAUCGGGCGCGCAUAUCACCUUGCGGCCGAUUCGUCGCUGCCUCGGGCUUUACACCGGACGUGAACGUGUGGGAGGUGGUCUUCAGCAAGACCGGGGAGUUCAAGACGGUGGCGAAAGCGUUCGACCUCGCCGGGCACACGUCCGGGGUCCACGACUUCGGCUUCAGCGCCGACACCAGUCACAUGGCUACCGUGUCCAAGGACGGGACGUAUCGCUUCUACAAUACAAAAAGUAGCGUAACAGUAUCGCCGGCGAAAUUCGAGUUCGAAAAGGGGGAGGAUCCGCACGUUUUGAUGACCGGCACCUGGAACACCACCGCGCCAGCGAGCCUCGUCCUGUCCCCGAACGCGGAGGUCCUCGUGAUCGCCCAUGGAUCGUCUGUAUCUUUCUACUCCACCAUUACCGGUGCUCUGGAUACCACCAUAGAAGAUAUCUUCCUUGGGCCCAUAACGUGCCUGGCAUUCGACGCUAUGGGGGAAUAUCUGCUGGCCGCGGGCGAUAAGCACAUCAAGAUUUUCCGCAACGUCACCGGAUACCGCACCGCAAUAGAGUCUGCUAAACGCAAACUGGAGCAGAGGCAGACUCAGGCAACGAAGGAACGUCUGGAGAAGUUGAUUCGCGACAACAAGGGAUUGCUCGAGAGGAUGGGAGAGAAAUGUCCAGAAUGA